AUGGACGGCGAAGAGCCAACGCAGGCGACGCAAAACGUCCUCGACCCGCGCAGGGUGGGCAAGCAGAACUCGGGCUUCUCCGACGAAGACAUCUCGGACAUUGUCUGCGUGCUGUACCCGCACUCGGAGUGCGCCCGCAACGAGGUCCAGCAGCUGGCCAGGAUCGGGUCGCCCUUCAUCAUCGGCAAGGACGAGGCCGACGGCGUUGAGCCCGACUACGAACUCGAGGACCACCCGAGCCGCUUCGAGUCCGACCCGACGAACCAUGGCAACUACGCCAUCCUGCUGCGGCUGUCGAGCCAGGCCAAGAACCCUGCGAACGGCUUCGUCUUUGGGAGGAACAAUGCUAGGUGCGACGUCGUCUUCGUCAAUGACCCGCUGCGCAGGAUCAGCAACAUCCAUUUCCGCAUAUACGUCAACGAGUACGGCAUCGUCAUGAUCGAGGACAAGUCCACCAAUGGCACCUUUGUCGACGACAACCUCCUCACUUCUCGCCCCAAGGAGCUGGGCAAGCCGCCCAUUACGAGGUGGACGUUGAGCUCGGGGUCCAUCAUCUGCAUCUACCUACAUAAUCACAUGAACGACCUUUCCUUUCGAGUCCGAAUCCCGCGCCGCGACGGCGAAUACGAGAGGGCAUACGCACGACAGGUGGAGGAGUACUUUGCUCGCCACGCUUUGCAGGUAGAGACCAUCACCACGGGGCCCGGAGGUCAUGUUGAUUUGUUCAAGACAGCUCAGCAGCAGCAGCAGCAGCAGCAGGCCACGCCGCGGCGCCUGGAGCGCCAGCCGUCUGAUCAGCGUUCUCCUUCAAAGCCCAAAGAUACCCGAGCUGUGCGACGAGAGUGGACUGGAUCCGGCAAAUACAACAGGAUAGGCAUGAUUGGCAAGGGAGCCUUUGCGGUCGUUUACAAAGUCACAUCAAAGUAUGACGGAAAGCCGUACGCUGCCAAGGAGCUCGAGAAACGCCGCUUCAUUAAGAAUGGAGUGCUGGACCAAAAGGUGGAGAAUGAGAUGAAGAUUAUGCGCAAGGUGCAUCAUCCCAACAUUGUGCGAUAUAUGGAAAACUUUGACUGGGACGAUCGACUACUCAUCAUCAUUAUGGAGUUUGUGCCUGGAGGGGAUCUUGGAAAACACAUCGUAGAUUAUGGCCCCUUUAAUGAAGAAGACUCAAAGACAAUGGCCCAGCAACUGCUGAGUGCCCUCGCCUACUUACAUCGCAAUAACAUCACCCAUAGAGACGUCAAGCCAGACAACAUAUUGAUCAAUACGCUUCAGCCUCUGGACGUCAAGCUCACCGAUUUUGGCCUUUCAAAAAUGGUGGACACUGAGCAGACAUUCCUCAGGACCUUUUGUGGCACACUGCUUUACUGUGCGCCAGAGGUAUAUACCGAGUAUGUCGAGUACGAUGACAAUGGUAUAAGGAGCAGAGGGAAAAAGGCUCGCCGUGUACCGGGCCAAAGGUACAAUCAUGCCGUGGAUAUCUGGUCUCUAGGUGGCGUCCUCUUUUAUUCGAUGACGGGGCAACCUCCAUAUCCAGUCAAAAGCGGCAUCAGCUAUUCCGAACUGCUGCAUAAAAUCAUGACGGAGAUGCUGGACAUCCGACCGUUGGAUCAAUAUUCCAUUUCCUCAAGCGGUAUCGAUUUUCUCUGCCGCAUGCUUCAGAGAAGGCCGGAGAACCGUGCGACAGUAGAGGAGCUUGAUGACCAUCCAUGGCUGGCCGGCACAACUAUUGAAGCCUCGCAGUCGUUUGAUGAAAUUACCGACGACGAAGACUACUUAGAUCCACUACUCCAGUACGAGGCACACGAACAUGCGGAUGAAGAUGACCGAGUGAGCGAUUCCAUGGGAGAAGAGGAGGAAGAGGGGGGGAGUGAAAAGGGGAAAGGAAAGGAGAACGGAAACUAUACCUUUGGCCGAGGUACGCAACCUCGCCUCUUUGGAGAAGUUGGCGCUUCCGCCUUUGUCAACUCUGGAGCUGUACCGGAGCAGCAUCUCAACCUCCCCGUCACAAACAGGAACGGAGUGAGCGGCAGCAGUGGUGGCAGCAGCAGCAACUUCGAAAGCCAAGUAGACGAAGCUUACGAUUCUGGGGAUUCCGCCGCAACUCUCGUUAAGCACCGUCGUAUCUUCCGACAAGACACAAGCGUGUCCAUUGCCCCCCAUCAGUCUGCUGACCAGUUACAAAGCCUGGUGGAAGACGUCGCCUCACAAAACCUGAAUGGCACCGGAUCGGUGAUAAGGCACGUGGAAUCAUCGUCACUCUACUUGACUGCAGCAUCAAUGGACUUCAACACGAGCAAGCGCAAGCCCCCGUCGGUUGAAGCCAGCGACGAGUUUGAUAGCACGCCUACCGGGAAGCCAACCAUCAAGAGGCUAAAGUCCGAGGUGUACACCAAUGACCUUUCCGAGGAAGCCGUCGAGGAGUGCAAGCUGCUGGCCCGCAUGCCGCCGAUUCAGAGAUCGGGAUCGGGCCGUCAGAUUGACGGGCCGGUGAGCAAGCAGCUGUUUUGGGAGCAAGACCGCAAGACGUGGCACCUCAACUAUCCCGAGAUGACGCAGCUCCAGUACCAGGCGUUUGUCCAGGCUGCGCGCGACAGGGGCGAACAGUUUAGCCCGGGCAAGACGCCUCUGUGGAACUUGGCGAUGAAGUACUUUCCGCCUGUUGGCCCGGCAGAGAAGCAGAAUGGCCAAAUCAACUCGCCGAUUGUGGGCCAGUCUCCUGACGAGGACGUCGCCAUGGAUUUCCCCCCAACCGCCGUACAGCCUGAUGAGGAUGCUGAGCCUUUCAUCCCGGAUUCACAGAAUCUCGUGGUUCCUGUGCAGAAAGAAACACAGGCCAGGGCCAUUGGCCUGAUAGAACCUGAUAAGAGCUCCUGCAUUCAGGGGAUCUCAUGUCCCAUGACAGAUUCACUAGUAUCAUUUGGCCGUGGCCUGGAGAACACCAUCGUCUACGAGGAAAGGACCGACACAAGAGUGCCAAAGUGGGCCUUCAAGAUUCUCCUAUGGAAAGAGGGCUACGAUCCCGCCAAGGACACGACCAAGACGCCUCCUCCCUGGGCCAAGGACUCUACACCAGACAAGGACUCCUACUUCUGCUGGAUCUCAUCCAAAGCCACCAAUGGAAUCCAUAUAAAUGGACAUGCCCUCCCAUCGGCCGAUGUAAAGAGCCCUGCAUCAGCCUCAGUGCACUGGGCCAAGCUCUACGCCGGAGACACCCUCCUCGUAUGGGGCACACCCUCCGUUCAACUUCAGACCAAGUUUGUCUUCCGCUGCUUCUGGGGCGGCUCGGCUUGCCCGCGCCCGGCGAACCAGCAGAAUCUCGAGUUUGCGGACGCUUCCCUGGCCGAGAAGCUCGACGCCGCCUGCCUGCGCACGGAGAAGCGCAUUCGUGAUGUUAGCGACAAGCUCGCCGAGAAGCGCAGCAGGAUCAACGACGCAAAGGCCGAGGACCGGGAGCGCGUCCGGCGGCUCGACUUUGAGCGCGAGAGGAGCCACGCCUUUGAGCAGAACCGGCUCGAGGCCAUUGAGCUGCUGGCCUCGAGGCAGGGUAGCUCGUCGAGAAAGGGCUCGCCUGGCAGCGUGGUGACGCCGACGACUAUGUAUCAUUCGAAUAGGCUGCAGUCGACUAUGAUUCGGCUGAGUCCGGAGAAGGAUACGCUGCGGUCGCUUCGAUGA